AUGGCGGCCACUGGAUACUGCACUGAGUACGGUUCUCUAACUCAAGCGUCCACUGUGAAAUUAGGCAGAAAAAGUGAAGGAGAAGAUGUUUAUGUUCCUAUCUCCAGUAUGCUUCCCAUGGUUAAUCCCAAUGAUAUCGAAAUUGACGGAUGGGACAUUUCGGAUAUGAAUCUUGCAGAAGCUAUGAUGCGCGCCAAGGUGUUGGAUAUAAAUCUGCAGGUACAAUUGCGACCCUAUAUGAUGCACAUGCGACCUAGGAAGAGCAUAUAUUAUCCCGAUUUUAUCGCCUCGAAUCAGGGCAAAAGAGCAAAUAACAUUAUCACGGGCACAAAGGCGGAGCAACUCAAUUGGAUCCGCAACGAUAUCGUCCAGUUCAAGGCUUCAAAAAGCUUGGAUCAAGUAAUUGUUUUGUGGACUGCUAACACGGAGAGAUUCUCAGAGUUCAUAACAGGCGUCAAUGACACGGCUGACAACCUUCUGGAGGCGAUUGAUAAGAAUCACUCAGAGAUUAGUCCAAGUACUAUGUUUGCUGUGGCAGCAGCUUUAGAAGGAUGUACUUAUAUCAAUGGCUCACCGCAGAAUACUUUCAUCCCAGGCGCUCUUGAGCUUGCCGAGAGACAAAAAACGUUCGUCGGCGGUGAUGAUUUUAAGUCAGGCCAGACUAAACUCAAGUCCGUGCUCGUGGACUUCCUCGUAUCAGCUGGUAUCAAACCAGUAUCAAUUGUCAGCUACAAUCAUUUAGGGAAUAAUGAUGGAUAUAAUUUAUCUGCACCACAGCAAUUUCGUUCAAAGGAGGUAUGUUGUAUAAAAGAAUGUUAUAUAAAAAGAAAUUAUAAAAGAAUGUUCUAUAUAGUUGUCUUCAAUUAAAAUGGAUUCAUAUAU